CCAAGAACAAGUCACCUCUAAGUGUAGCCAGACCAAGGCAAGCCCCCCAUCCAGUCAACCCAUGAUGCCCCCCAGAGCUGGGCUCCUUCAGAGCAAUCCGAAUCCAGCAAUGAUCCCACCCACCAGGCACCAGAGCCGCGAGGGCAUGGGCAUGGCCUCGCCGACUCCGGGCAAGCAACAAGGAAUUCUCCACUGUAACCCCCCGUUCCCCAUACCCUCGUGCCCGGGCCAGAACCCCCUGGGCAGCCAUCGUCCGCAGAUUCCCAAGGCGGCCCCCUCAGGAGCGCCCCUGCCUAGGUUCUGUCCCAGACCCCUGGGCAGCCAGGUCCCGAGUCCCCACCAGCUCAGACAGCCCUGUGUGCCAAGAAUGCCCUCAGUGUUCAACGAUGCCGUGUGGGCGGUGGCCGCGGCGGCAGCUAGGACCACAGCGGUCUCGAGGGAGCCCCCCCCGAGCCACGUAGACCGUAGCACCCAGCCGCACUUUGAUAGCGACUCGAUCUUCACCAAGGAGCCCGCCAGAGCUCCCCUGGUAGCCCCGACAUGUCCAUCGCAGCAGGCAGUUGUGCCCCCCAAUCAGGUGGCCCCAGGAGGCAGGCCUGGCCAGAAGGUGAGUGCUGCUCCGGUCAACCCCAGCUUCGGCCUGCUGGGCAACCAGAGCCUCAAGCAGAGCCCGGUGCGGGGUCCCGUGCCCAUGCUGAACGCCGCCAAGUCCCUCCAGCAGGGCAUGGCCAGCUUUGGUCCCGUGAGUCCCAUACAGGGCAUCGAGCCGCCAAGCUCUGUGGCUGCCGCCGCCGCCUCUGCCAUCACCGCCAGCCAGUCCCCAAGUCCAUUCGGCAGAACGGAUACCCCCCCUGAGCUGCCACCCUACGACUUUUUGUCCCCGGCCCCGCCCCCACGAAACGGUCUGCUCUCAGCCCCUGACUGCAGUGAGGUGGGCUUCUCUGAAGCCCCCUUGAAAGGCCCCAGUGGGAGCCCAGAGGAGGGCUGGGUGUGCAACCUGAGGCUCAUCGAUGACAUUCUGGAAGAGCACGCCGCCGCCGCCCCCGCCCCCCAGAGUGCUGGGGGGCUUUAA